GUUUGAGCAAAACCAAAAAAAAAACCUGGUAAAUAAUACCAAAAAAAGAGAAAAAGAAAAAAAGAAUCCGAAAAUUGAUCUUCCGGCGAUCUGAAAACCCCUAAGCUUGAAUUUUUCUAAGUAAUUCGUGCUUUUCGAAAUCUGUAUUAUUCUAUAUAUCAAUGGCUGCCCCAUUCUUCUCGACGCCGUUUCAACCAUUUGUUUAUCAGAGUCCGCAAGAUGCAGUAACACCUUUCCAAAUUCUGGGUGGUGAAGCUCAGAUUGUUCAGAUUAUGUUGAAGCCACAAGAAAGGAUUAUUUCAAAACCUGGGUCCAUGUGCUAUAUGUCUGGUUCCAUCCAGAUGGAAAAUGUUUAUGCCACUGAAAAUGAAGCAGGUGUUUGGCAAUGGCUUUUUGGAAAGACUAUUACAAGCAUAGUUCUUCACAAUACAGGUACAACUGAUGGAUUUGUUGGAAUAGCUGCUCCUUCUCUGGCAAGAAUCCUUCCGAUUGAUUUAGCGAAGUUUGGAGGUGAAAUCUUAUGCCAGCCAGAUGCAUUUCUCUGCUCCAUUAAUGAUGUCAAAGUCAGUAAUUCCAUCGACCAAAGGCCACGUAACCUAGUUGCUAAUGCAGAGGGAUUCUUAAGGCAGAAGAUAUCAGGCCAAGGGCUUGCAUUUGUAGUCGGAGGUGGUUCUGUUGUACAGAAAAAUCUGGAGGUGGGUGAAGUACUUGCUGUUGAUGUGCCAAGCAUUGUUGCAGUAUCAUCAACUGUCAAUGUUCAAAUAAAAUACAAUGGACCCAUGAGAAGGGUGGUAUUUGGGGAGUUGGUGGACGUAACUACUUGGCACCUGCGCGCUGGUGAGAGGUAGCAAGUAUCUGGUAGACUAGUUAACAUGCAUGCAACCUGUCCCAGAUGUUUAUCACCUUAAAAUAAAAGGAAUUUGAAAAGGUCAGUUAUCAUCUACCAAAAGCAACAUUUGAACCCAUAAACCCUACUUGGUAUUAAUUUUAGCUGAGCUUUCUUUACUGCAGGACUGAUCUCUCCUCGUUGCUCUCUUCUAGGAGGGGCUUUUACUUUCAUUUAUCUUUAAAAGUUAACAAAGAAAGAGAAGAAUAAACAAAAAAGUGUAGUUUCUUCUGUAAAUGUUUAUUUUUGUGUUUCAGUUAGUAUGUAAAGUCGAUUCCCAUCCUUUUGUUUGAUACUAGUUCUUGGAUACGUGCGUUGCAGUGUAUCCCAUGCUAAGUAAUAUAAUAUAUUUUAAAAAUACUAUAAUUCUGUUGAUAUUAAUUAGAAGAGGGGGAAGAGAUUA